UUUUUCUUCCAUGUGACCCACUUUCACACAUUCCCCCCCUUAUUUACAUUCACCUCCAAUAUCUCCCCCCAAUCAUGUAUCAACCCAUAUAUACUACUAGUUAGUUAUUCUUCAUUUAAUCUACCUUCCUUUUAUUUCAAAUUUUCCAAUUCCUAGAGUUUCCAAAUUUGUUAACUUCUCACUUUGAACAAUUUUUUUUUUUUAACAAUAAUUUGAUUGUUUAAAAUUAAUGGCACAAUUGCCGCCAAAGGCGCCAGCAAUGGUGCAAAAAUGGUCGUCGUUUGGUUAUCAAACGAUGCCAAUGUCAGCGUCACAGCCACCAAACUGGCUGGACGAUUUCAUUGAUUUUGCUUCAACCAGGAGGAAUUCUCAUCGGAGAACUUCUAGUGAUCCAAUUACGUUUGUUGAAAUGAACGAAUGUGACAAUUCUAAUCGUAGUGACCCAAUGAUUCCUUGUUCGAAUAGUAAUAACGGAUUUGAGUGUUUGGAUGAUGAACAAAUUAGCUCAAUGUUUACGGACGAUGUUUCAACCGAAUUUCAGCCAAUAUCAUCUACUAUUAUUCCAUGUGAUCAAUAUAGCGAUAAUGAUGAAACUAAAACGACGUCGUUACAAGAGCAACAAAUGAAGAAUGAACCGGGAGAGGUGGAAGAUGCCGCAUGUGAUUACGAACUUGAUCAAAGGGAAUCAGAAUCCGCUAAGCAGCCUCCUCUUAGUUUUUCUAGCGAUGGUGGUACUAUUGUUGAUCCGAAAAGAGUUAAAAGGAUAUUAGCAAACCGUCAAUCUGCUCAAAGAUCAAGAGUGAGGAAGCUGCAUUACAUUUCUGAACUGGAACGUAGCGUUACAAAUUUGCAGACGGAAGUAUCAACAUUGUCACCACGGGUAGCGUAUUUGGACCAUCAGAGGUUGAUUCUAAACGUGGAUAAUAGCUCACUUAAGCAAAGGAUUGCUGCUUUGGCUCAAGACAAGAUCUUCAAAGAUGCUCAUCAAGAGGCAUUGAGGAAAGAAAUAGAGAGGCUAAGAAGAGUUUAUAAUGAUCAACAAAACAUGAACAAGGCUGAUAACACAACCACCGGACCAACGGCAUCUCCGUCACGGCCGCCACAACCACCACCAGCAUCCAUGGAUGAGGCCAGGGCAAGUAAUCACCAUGGAUCUGAGAAUUGAAUUGGAAAAAAAAAAAGAUAACAAAAGGGAUCGAAGCGUGUGUGUUUGUGGAAUAAUGCUAAAAUGCACCCAUAUUAUGCAUGCAUGCAUGUGAUGUGUUUCAAGGCAUUUGGAGGUGGUGGGGUGAGUGGUCCUAUAUAUGAUUGGCAUGUGAUAUAUAUUAAUAUAUAACAUAUCCCUCUUUUAUGUUUUGGUCACAAAAAGAGAGAGGGUAAUAUAAUUAUGUCUUAAAGAAUAUGGGUCGUGGGGGGUCUUGGAUGUCUUGGUGUAAUUAAGGUGUUUUUUCGAUGUACGUAGUCUUUUUUCAAUUUAAUUUCAUUAAUUUUUAUUUACUUUUAAUUACGGAUACUAUAUGUUGGUCUAAAUUGACCAUGACUUGUAACAUUUAAUUGGAAGCGUUGUACAAUUUAAUUUUUACCAUGUAA